UUUGACAUUGAAAAUCUUGAAUUUGAUGAUGAUGAUGACCUCGAUUUUUUUCAACAUCUUCGUUUUUUGUUUGUACAUCUUGAAUUCAAUCUGAAGGUUUGGUCAAUUUUUUUGUAUCUUCACCUGUUUACUUUUGUGGAAUCACUUCAAUUUCUAUUGUUCUAUUCGACACAAUGAUAAUCUAAUAACAAUAAAAUCCGUUUUUCUUCGAUACAAUCGGAUCAUUGGCCAGGAAUAUUUUUCUUUUCCAAAGCCGGAGUCGGUUUUUGUUUUUCUCAUCAUUUUCAUUUUAAACAAAAUUCUUUGGUAAAUAUUUACUUUUUAGCACCAAAUAUAUUCGAUAUAACGAAAAAAAAAACGUUCGAUCGAUGUAUCGAUUGUUGUUGUCGAUACUCAUCAUCAUCAUUUGGCGAAAAAUCGAAUUCGAAUCGAUUUUUCGAAAUAGCUUUAGGAUAUUGGGUGCCCAUCAAAUUGCCGAUGAAUUUCGAUUUAUCGACAUUGAUUUCUUUUUUUUCUUAAUUAACCCAUCAUUACCGAACAUCAUUAUCAUUCAAUUCGUUCUUUCUUCGGUUGUUGUUGUUGUUGUUGCUGGUCAAACAUGCACGAAAAAUCAUCUCCUUUUUCUUAGUAAUGCAUUAACAAUGAAGAUUGAAAACUUUCCACUUCGAAUAUUCAUCACUUAUACCAGCUACAUAGGUUUUACAUUCAGUGAAUUGAAAUGGAAAAAUUGGCCACAUUUAAUCAAAUGUAUAUCGAUGAUAAUAGUUCAUCUUUAUGCUUACAUUUUAUUUAGGGAUUAUCAGAAAAAUUUCGAAAAAAUGGAUGCAAAAAAAAUUAGUCCAAAUUAUUUUGGAACGUUGAUUGAUUUGGUUGCUGAAAAUUUCUUUACAUUGGAAUUUAUCUGUUCAUAUAUAUUCUAUUAUGGAUGUGGUUAUUCAUUAAUACGUUCAUGUGAUUCAAAAUUAUUCAAUACAAUAUAUGAUGAUACAUCGAGAAAAAACCGAAUAAUCUCAAUAGCCAUAUUGAUUUUGAUUAAUAUUCUAUUAUUAUUAAAUUACGUGAGCUAUGGUUUCUGGUCAUUACAAACAGAAUAUCCAUUCGAAUUGAUUAUUAAAUUCUAUUCAAUAAUGAUGAUUUCAUACAGUCAAAUAUUCAAUAAUUUAUUAUGUAUUUAUUUUAAAUUUGCUAUCCGACAAGUAUUGCAGCAAACAUUACAGAAUUUUAUAGCGAAAAAAAUUGAUGACAAUCAAUGUUUACGAAUAAUUCGUACAUUGGCCAAACAAUGCAACAAUUUUCAUUCAUCUAUUUCAUAUUCCAUUUUAUUAAACAUUUUGAAUGAUAGCUUUUAUCUUAUAUUUUUUUAG